AUGGAGGAAUUAGAUGACAUUCAGAUCCAUCCAGACUAUCCAAAUCACAAAGUACAGAUCGGUGCACACCUCGAAUAUGAUAUUCGAGCUAAGCUGAUUGAAUUUCUUACAGAGAAUCAGGAUUGCUUCGCAUGGUCACACGCCGAUAUGGUAGGGAUAGAUCCAGAAGUUGUUGUCCAUCGACUCCGGGUCGACCCGAAUCACGAGCCUGUCAGACAGAAAAGAAGGAAGUUUGCGCCCGAGCUUAAUCGUAUCAUAAACGAUGAAGUUCAAAAGCUUAUCGACGUAGGCUCCGUUCGUGAGGAUCCUUUCCCUCUCCCGCACAUCGACAUACUGGUUGAUUCUACUGCCGGGCAUGAACUCCUCAGCUUCAUGGAUGCCUUCUCAGGCUACAACCAAAUUCUCAUGCAUCCGGACGAUCAGGAGAAAACCUCAUUCAUAACUAAAAGAGGAUCAACAUACCAAAGGUUGGUAAACAAAAUGUUCACCGCUAUGCUGGGCAAAACUAUGGAAGUCUACAUUGAUGAUAUGCUAGUGAAAUCAUUGAAAGCUGAAUCCCAUCUGGAGCACUUGCGAGAGGCAUUCGAAGUGCUCCGAAAAAGCAAAUCCGGAUCAAAUUCGGUCGGUCCUCCAUAUCCUAUCUCCGAUAUCAGGAAGGACGUGCAAAAGCUGACCGGAAGAGUAGUGGCCCUAAGCAGAUUCAUCUCACGCUCAUCCGACGGGUGCCACAACUUUUUUAGUAUUCUUCACAAAAACAAGGACUUUGAAUGGUCGGUCGAGUUGGAAGAAGCCUUGCGACAACUGAAACAUUAUUUGGUAUCGGCACCAUUACUUUCCAAGCCAAAGCAGGUCAGGGAGGAAGACGGUCGACAGUUGCCGGUCUACUAUGUCAGCAAAAGCCUACUUGAUGCAGAAACAAGUGAACAUGACAUUGUGUUCCAACCCCGGACGACGAUGAAGUCUCAAGUGUUGGCUGACUUUGUAGCUGACUUUACUCCACCAAUCGAGGCCCAAGCGAAGCACGAGUUGUUGUGUCUAACAGAGCAUCCAGAAGGGACGUGGUUUCUCUCGGUUGAUGGUUCCAGCAACAUGAACGGAAGCGGGCUCGGAGUCGUUCUCACUUCACCCUCUGGGGAAAUAAUGCAGCAGUCCAUCCGUUGUGGGUUUCGAGCUACCAACAACGAAGCUGAAUACGAAGCUCUUAUUGCUGGAUUGGAGCUUGCAAAAGAACUUAAGGUAAGAAAAAUUUUUGUUCGGUCGGAUUCACAGUUGGUCGUUAAUCAAUUACUUGGGACUUAUCAGGCUCGCGGAGCCAACAUGAUGACAUAUUUGGAGUUAGCAAAGAAGCUUCGAGACUCGUUCGAGGAAUUCGUUAUAGCGCAAGUGCCACGUCUCGAAAACUCGCAUGCUGAUGCACUAGCUAACUUGGGAUUUGCCCUACAGAAAAACGAGCCACAAAUUAUACCAGUUGUACACCUCGAAGUCCUGGCAACCGAGGAUGUUGAUAAAGUCCUUACAAUUUUCACCGAAGACAGCUGGAUGACCCCCUUGAUCAAGUACAUUGACAAAGGAGAGUUGCUGCUCGACAAGAAAGCAGCCCGACGACUCAGGGCGGGAGCUGUUCGGUUCACCAUUUACGAUGGUCAGCUUUAUAGGAAGUCGUACUCCGGUCCAUUGCUCCGCUGCGUAACUACUAGGCAAGGUGGAGACAUUCUUUUAGAAUUACACGAGGGAGAGUGGGGAAACCAUUCAAGUGGAAGAAGUCUGGCCAAUCGAACCCUAACGAGCGGCUACUUUUGGCCUACGAUGCGAGCAGAUGCUGCUAACUUCGUCCGACUAUGCUCGCACCAUGGCCCUUCAUGCAUUGGGGAAUGGAUAUUGUUGGCAAAUUGCGGGUCGCCUCCAGACAAAGGGUUCGGCAUUCCAAAGAAGAUAACGACCGACAAUGGCUCCCAAUUCCUGAGCGAUAAAUUUCAAAAAAGGCUCGAGGAUGCCAAAGGCAAAUGGGCGGAGGAGAUACUGGGAGUAUUGUGGUCGUAUCGAACGACGGCCAAAACUCCGACAGGGGAAACUCCAUUUUCACUUGUAUAUGGGUCGGAAGAGGUCAUUCCCGUCGAGAUCGGGCUCCCCUCAGCCAGAUGUCAAUGGAUUAGCCAGAGUUCGAAUGACGAAUUGCUAGAGAAGAAUCUUGACACGAUUGACGAACUCAGAGAGGAAGCAAGGAUUCGAACGGCAAUCUAUCAGCAAAAGAUGGCGCAUCACUAUAACAAAAAUGUUAGAACCCGAAUAUUUCGAGUUGGAGACUUUGUACUUAGAAAAGUCUUUCAGAACACCAAAGAGCAUGGGGCAGGAAAACUUGGGAAGGACCCUAUCAGAUUAGGGAAGUUGUCGGACGAGGAGCAUACAAGCUUACAUCCAAAGACGGUUGGAAAUUGA